AGGGGCAUUUCUGUUCUCUUCCUGUACUCUCCUGCCAAGGGGAAGUCUGUCUUGCAUCAGGCUGCAGCAACCUCAGUUGGUGACAUAAUCAGGCAAUGUCAUCCUGGCCUCUUUGUUGCUCCUUGUCUCUGACAUUCCUUUGCUACCUGAUGGUCUAACUUAAGCCACCUAGUCAGGAUUGCUCAUCUCUAGUUCCUAUGGAUAACAGUGAGUGUCUGUGAGAGCAGAGACACAAAUCUCAGCAAUACAGUGGGAUAUGCUGGGACCAAACAACUACUCUCUGCCUAAGAUAAAACUCAUGAAGCUCAGCUAGAACCAAUCCACUUUCCAUAGGGCCAGAAAGAAUUGCCAAUUAGUAAUGUAUUCCCCUUUCAAGUACGUCUAUAUUUAUGCCAGGAAAAAUACCAGUCUGCCUGGUUCCCUUGCAAGGGCAAAGUUAUCCGUAGCAAAGCCUUUUGUAUUAGGAAGUCUCCCUGUACUAUUAUCCGCAACUCUUCAGAAGGGCCAGACCAGACCCUCAUGUGCACAGCCCAGGAUCCACUCAUCCACAAUGGUCAACAGGCCUGUCUUUAGGAUUUACUGUCACAUACCCUCUCUACCCCCAUCAUAACUCCAACCAAGCUGUCCUGAAAUUAACCCCAGCCAUGCACAAAAUGUGAACAAUUACACAAGACACACGGAAGGUCUAAGUGGUAAAUGGCAGCUGUUGAUACUGACUAACCUGUAUAUUCCACGAACUGAUGAGCAGGGAUUUACCAGAUAUAAGAGAAGAACCAGCAACUGAAAGAAGUGCUGACAAUGCAGCACUCUGAGAGGGCUUUUUGGAAACACAAUAUUUAUUGUGAAAUUACACAGACAGGAAUGAAAAAAGAUGGUGAGGAGUAUAUAUCCUAUUACUUAGAAGAUUAAAUAAAGGAAAUCUCACCAAAUUCAUGGGGAAAAGCCAGCUACAUAACAAAAAAUACACAUAAUGAGCCUGACUCAGAAAAUAAAAUAUGAAGAAAAGUACUAGAAAGAACGUGGGGAGGAAUGCAUGUCAGAAUAUUGUAGAAAAAAUACUCCUUGUGGAAGAAGAAUCUGAGAAAACAGAUGUCAGCCAGGAAGAAUCUCCCUCCGUAAUAUCAGGAAAUCCACAAGGACCACCCCCACAAGGAGGCAACAAGCCCCAAGGUCCCCCACCUCCUCCAGGAAAGCCUCAAGGACCACCCCCACAAGAAGGCGACGAGUCCCGAAGUCGCCGAUCUCCUCCAGGAAAGCCAGAAGGACCACCCCCACAAGGAGGCGACAAACCUCAAGGUCCCCCACCUCCACCAAAGCCACAAGGACCACCCCCACAAGAAGGCGACGAGGCCCGAAGUCGCCGAUCUCCAGGAAAGCCACAAGGACCACCCCCACAAGGAGGCGACAAACCUCAAGGUCCCCCACCUCCACCAAAGCCACAAGGACCACCCCCACAAGAAGGCGACGAGGCCCGAAGUCGCCGAUCUCCAGGAAAGCCACAAGGAGGCGACAAACCUCAAGGUCCCCCACCUCCACCAAAGCCACAAGGACCACCCCCACAAGAAGGCGACGAGGCCCGAAGUCGCCGAUCUCCAGGAAAGCCACAAGGACCACCUCCACAAGGAGGCGACAAACCUCAAGGUCCCCCACCUCCACCAAAGCCACAAGGACCACCCCCACAAGAAGGCGACGAGGCCCGAAGGCGCCGAUCUCCUCCAGGAAAGCCAGAAGGACCACCCCCACAAGGAGGCGACAAACCUCAAGGUCCCCCACCUCCACCAAAGCCACAAGGACCACCCCCACAAGAAGGCGACGAGGCCCGAAGUCGCCGAUCUCCAGGAAAGCCACAAGGACCACCCCCACAAGGAGGCGACAAACCUCAAGGUCCCCCACCUCCACCAAAGCCACAAGGACCACCCCCACAAGAAGGCGACGAGGCCCGAAGUCGCCGAUCUCCAGGAAAGCCACAAGGACCACCCCCACAAGGAGGCGACAAACCUCAAGGUCCCCCACCUCCACCAAAGCCACAAGGACCACCCCCACAAGAAGGCGACGAGGCCCGAAGGCGCCGAUCUCCUCCAGGAAAGCCACAAGGACCACCUCCACAAGGAGGCGACAAACCUCAAGGUCCCCCACCUCCACCAAAGCCACAAGGACCACCCCCACAAGAAGGCGACGAGGUCCGAAGGCGCCGAUCUCCUCCAGGAAAGCCAGAAGGACCACCCCCACAAGGAGGCGACAAACCUCAAGGUCCCCCACCUCCACCAAAGCCACAAGGACCACCCCCACAAGAAGGCGACGAGGCCCGAAGGCGCCGAUCUCCAGGAAAGCCACAAGGAGGCGACAAACCUCAAGGUCCCCCACCUCCACCAAAGCCACAAGGACCACCCCCACAAGAAGGCGACGAGGCCCGAAGUCGCCGAUCUCCAGGAAAGCCACAAGGACCACCCCCACAAGGAGGCGACAAACCUCAAGGUCCCCCACCUCCACCAAAGCCACAAGGACCACCCCCACAAGAAGGCGACGAGGCCCGAAGGCGCCGAUCUCCUCCAGGAAAGCCACAAGGACCACCCCCACCUCCUGCUGGACAGCCCCAGGGACCACCACCCCCUGCUCAAGGGGGCGGACCACCCGGACCUCCCCAGGGACAGCCUGCCCAGUAAUCUAGGAUUCGAUGACAGGAAGUGAAUAAGAAGAUGACAGUGAUUCAAAUGAUUCAAAUGCCAUGACAUUGGAACAAGGUGGUCAUAGCUCUAACUUCCAUAUACCAAUAAAAUAAUCAGCUUGCAA